GGAAAGCGCUUGGCAACGACUAUUAUCAGCUGCGGUGGCAAUUUCAAAGGACGGGGUCGGAAGAAAAAGCGCUUGUUGGCUGUUUUUUUUUCGGGGCUCUCUCUCUUUGCUUCCUCACAUUUAAGCUGAUUUUUGACUUAGGUGUUCAGCUGAGGUGGCGAAAGACGCAGACACGUUUUCACUGGAGUCAUCACCGAUUUUUCAAGUUUGUUUUCUUGUUUCUCCCCUCUCCGUUUCUUCACAGCAGCACCGCGCAUAUAGAAAAGCGUUGGACAUCAUUCAUAACCAGCGUAGACAACUUUAGGAGUUCCGUUUCGCAGAUGGCAGUCAAGAGUGCUUUUUCGCGGUACAACUCGCUCACCACGCGCCCCAUCAUACGCCGCACGCGCAGCUGGCGCGGCAUCAUGCAGGUCCGCUUUAACGACACCCGAGCCGAUCGCAAUAAGCUGGGCAGACAGGCCUUUUUUUGGGCUCCGGUGCGCAUUUUUGGCCUCGGUCUCCUCGUCACCUGCUGUCUCUACAUGGGCAUGGGCCACGACUCUUUCAUUCACAAUUUGCUGGGAUACGAGUCGGAGAUGCAGUACGAGGCACGCGUGAACCCGGUGCCCGAGGACUUCCAGAACUAUAUGGUGUUAGACAGUGACCGCGCGUGGAAGUCGCCGCUGCGCAAUCUGGAGAAGCCGCUGCACCCGAACCGUGAGUUCGACGUGCUGCGAGAUCCCAAGUCAACGUAA